UCCCUUGCGCGCCGGGGGAUACGGUCGAGCAGCCUAUAGCGUGCAGCAGGCCCCGGCGAGCGGCCGGCUACGCGCGGCCACGCUCCGUGGUGCUGCCCGCGUGCUCCGAGCCGGCGGCCGGAUACUCCGGGGCAUGUGCCAUGUCGACGGGUUCCAACCGAGAACCCGCAGGAGCCGCUCAGCCGCAGCCAGGCUCGGCAGCGGUCGACUCGCACCACUUCCAGUACGUCGGACCCUACCGGCUAGAGAAGACGCUCGGCAAGGGACAGACCGGGCUCGUGAAAAUGGGGAUCCACUGCGUAGCGGGCCGCAAAGUUGCCGUCAAGAUCAUCAAUCGAGAAAAGCUUAGUGAAUCUGUUCUUCAAAAGGUUGAAAGGGAAAUAGCUAUUAUGAAACUGAUUGAGCACCCGCAUGUGCUGGGUCUCUACGACGUGUAUGAAAACAAAAAAUACCUGUACCUCAUACUGGAGCACGUCUCCGGUGGGGAACUAUUUGAUUACCUGGUCAAGAAGGGUCGCCUGACGCCGAAAGAAGCACGGAGGUUUUUUCGGCAAAUAAUCUCCGCACUAGAUUUCUGCCACAGCCAUUCGAUAUGUCACAGAGACCUCAAGCCGGAGAAUUUAUUACUGGACGAGAAAAACAACAUUAGGAUAGCGGAUUUCGGCAUGGCUUCGCUACAAAUGGAAGGGUCCAUGCUGGAGACGUCCUGCGGGUCACCUCACUACGCCUGUCCAGAAGUCAUACGGGGUGAAAAAUACGACGGCCGGAGAGCGGACGUGUGGAGUUGCGGGGUUAUUCUUUAUGCUUUACUUGUGGGUGCCUUACCAUUUGACGACGACAAUUUGCGCCAGCUGCUGGAGAAGGUGAAGCGUGGCGUGUUCCACAUUCCGCACUUUGUUCCGCCAGAGUGCCAAGACCUGCUGCGGGGAAUGAUCGAGGUGAACCCCGAGAAGAGGCUUACGCUAGCGGAUGUGACAAAGCAUCCUUGGGUGACCGCAGGAAGCAAGACAGAAUUAGAGUUGGAGCUGCCCAUGAAGGAAGUUGUACAGACGCACAUCAUUCCUUGCGUGGACGACAUCGACCCGGACGUCCUGUCCAAUAUGACUUCUUUAGGUUGUUUUAAGGAUAAAGAAAAACUAGUCAAAGAGCUUCUCAGCACAACGCAUAACACGGAGAAAGUAAUUUACUUCCUGCUCCUUGAUCGCAAGCGUAGAAAACCGUCUUACGAAGAUGAAACUGAGAUCAUCAUCCGCAACCGGUCUGAAUCGGCUGAUCCUCCGCGCAAAAGAGUGGACACGUGCCAAGUGAAUGGAAGGUCGGGACCACGGUAUUCAUUCGAUAUGUUGAGCGAUGGAUCACCGAUUACACCACGGCGGUAUCCGUACGGUAUGCGGCGAGGCAGCGGGUCGGGCUGUCUGCACCCCGGCAGUGGAAUACCAAGUCCGGCGGUGUCGCCGCUCAACUCGCCGAGACCUUCACCGCGAGGCGCCACAACCCCGGACGAGAGCCCGCUCAACACGCCACCAGGCUCACCCUCCCUCGGACAACCCUAUUGGCGAUCACGCCUGCACACCAUUAAGAACAGCUUCCUCGGCAGUCCGCGCUUCCACAGGAGAAAACUACAAGUCCCUUCCGCAUCCGACGAAGUCAGCCUGACGCCCGACUCCUCUCCAGACCUCUCAAAACGAUCCUGGUUCGGAGGAUUAAUGGCCAACGAGAGGGAAGAAAGCCACGUGAUACUCGUCAAGGACCGUCCUUUGAGUUCUGUCAAGGCUGACCUCAUCCACGCCUUCCUUUCGAUUGCAGACCUAAGCCACAGCGUGGUGUCCCCGAUGUCUUUCCGGGUGGAAUACAAGCGGCCAGGGAGCACCACCAUGUUCCAGAGGAACGUACGCUUCCACGUCGACAUCAGCAUUGUGGGAGAUGGCAGCCCAAAUGGUGGAGCUUCGCACGACAGCAAGCCUUCUGUCUACUGCAUAAGCUUCACUCUCUUAUCGGGUCCAAUCCGGAGGUUCAAGCGGAUCUGCGAGCACAUCCAGGCCCAGAUCCUGGGUCGGCGACCGGGCAGCCACUCUCCCCGCUUCAGCCGCCGGCCGCCAACAUCCGAACUGAGUGACAGCUCGUCGUGUGGCUCGGAGUCCCUGUCGCCGACACAGGUCGCGGACGACCUCGCGCACGUGCUCACCACUACCAGCGGCCAGGCGCCAAUGGCGCGCUGCAAGUCAGACCAGGACGCCGCCUGCGACAUCUUCGAGCGGGAGGCCAAAGCAGCCGCCGCGGUCGCCGCCGCGGCCUGUCAUCGCCGCGCGGUCAUGGAUGGCACGUCGAUCGCCAAUGGUCGCCGACUCAGCUAUGACCUCAAGGGCUCUAGGGACAAAGUCUGACAACCCUUAACCGUAUCGUCGACUGUCGUCGAUCGCUGAAAGAGAUGCGACAGUACAUGCACGUCGUCCGCAAGAAACAAAGUCACGUGGGCAGGCUUGCCUGGCGACGUCGGCAAGUGUAUCCGUCAAAGGUGGCACGCAGGGAGAGAAGUCGGAGCUUUCACCGCGUCGGAGAAAAGAGAGGCGGCGCAGAGGCUGCCAGCAAGUGUCGUGUGCGUUGCCAUUAAGAUGCGUGUCUCCACAAAACGCUGGACUCGCUUUGUACCAUUAGCUUUAGCUGAUUGCUUUCUAGUACUGGUCUGCACGCUUGUAAGAAGCGGCACGCAAAUUUGAUCCUAAUCAAAUAGCGCGUUGUAACUAGCGAUUAACGAGGCUACGAUGAACCUCUUCUGAUUCUGGAAUAGAUGAACUGCUCAUCGCAUGUUCAAUAGUUGGCAACUGAAAGGCAAAAUAUCGAAAGGACGAUGUGUAGAGAACGAUGUCACUCCAAACCUCCUGGAACACAUGGUCGUGGUGCUACACAUUCUGGCAGCACCUGCUUUGGGAUGUUUGCGUGUGUGCCGAUAAAAACGAAGCUUUUUUUUGUAGGGUGAACAUUGACUCAUCGCUUCCACUUCAUAGUUCUUUGGGCUUCAGAGAAAUCAGAUAUAUGGUAUAGUACCGAACCAGCAUGCGAACGGCGUCAUCAAAGUCCCAUGUUCGAUGCGAAGUUUGAAAAGCUGAGAGUGCGGGUCAUUUUCCUUGACUGCAACUCAGCUGUUUCACUCAAAAAACCUUAACCACCUAUUGUUUAUAGUAGUCUACUAGUUAAGAUCAAGUUAGUGCUUAUAAAUUUUUCAUGAACGAACAACGAAGCGCUAUUUGAUUGGAACAAAAAGAAGAGCGUGCCGUCUUCACAGGCGUUUACGCUUUUGUUACUUCUAUGGUUGAGACAUGGAAGCGCAGUGAGAAGGAAAAAAAAACGCUUUCUUCACUGUUCAGGGUGUCUGGAUUCAUUUCGUGUAUUUGUUGACGAAAGGAAGACUGCGUGGCGAUGGGUGGCUUUCAGUGACGUCGGCUACGGCGAAAAAGUGACGCUUGUCUUCGCGCGGACUCUUGUCUCUCCGUAUAGGACAUUCACUUACGGGAAAAAAAGUAUAUAUUUUGGGCCUAGCCUUCUCUUGAUGAGUGAUGCGAGUUCCGUUGUAACGUUGUUGUUUCCUUCCAGGUAAAAAGUGAUGUCGACGGCUCCGUAAGCAACUAUUCGAGUUGCGCUGAACGAGGUCAUCGAAGAAAAUGUGCCGAAAUUUGUCACACACCUUUUUUUUUCAACGAAACACGAACUACACUGAAGUGAAUGAAUUGAGCUAUUGAAGAGUGAAUGACACCUGGGUGCAUAGCAGAGUGUACAUGUGUCCAUGGAAACGUAGGUAUUCUGCCAGAUAUUUCUUUUAGGUAAUCGUAUAAGGUUAUAAGAUUCCAUUUACUGGUUUACCUAAUGAGAAUGCCCCUUAGUGCUUCGGCGAAAAAAAAACAGUCAUUUAGUUAACGAAUGUUACAACGGUUUUUUGGUCUGUCCGCGAAAUGCGAUACCUUACUGCUGGCUGGCUAUGCAUAACUCCUAAUCGUUUGCGACAUGGUUUCAAUCGUGGGCAUUCUCGAAAUGUUAGUGUUAGAGUUGUUUUUUAUAUUAGCCGGCGGCCUACAUUCGCACCGCAUGCAAAUGUUUUCGUCACUGAAUACGCGGAAAUACUUAUUUGGCUCUUUUCGGCUCGUUCCACUAAACGUGGCUUACUUCUUUUCUGAUGGGGUAUUUCGAAGGAGCGUCAAAACCGAAGGAGCUUCGCUCCAGAGUAUGUGUUAAAGAUUCAAGAAAAAAAAAGUAUGUGAACGUGUGUUUAAAACUUUGUCAUUGCAAAAUCCUAGAGACCCCUUCUUCCCCUAGACGUCGUAAAUAUCUGAAACAUCUUUUGACGUUCGGCCUCAUGGGCUCAUAGUCAGCUCAAAGAAAGCAGCUAUCGACAUUUGUGAACUAUGUAUCAUGAUAGAUGUCCCUGUGGCUUCAAAUGCUUAUCGUGCUUUUGGGCGCGCCGUCGGUGUACUUGCGAUGCAGAAAUCGUUAUGAAAUAAACAACAAAGAAGGUGAUAAAUAAUGUUAUCAAGAGAGGGUCGAACAUGCCGUAUUCGUCUUGCUGCAUUGGUGCGGUGUAUGUAGUUUGGUAGCAACCUCGGUUUUCAGCUGCAUUUCUUGGUGAGCCCUUACGGUAAAUAUUUAUGAAGCAUAUUUUUUUAACUGUAGCCUGCGCUAUUCAAAUAAUUUCUCGCAUUCGGUUUCAAAGCUAGACACUGUCUUUCAUUUCAUACCGUAGGAAACUAUAGGUCUUUGGUGAAAGGGUUUUAAGUAUAGAACUCCCAAAAACACUGCAUGAAGAGAUGUUAUGAUUGCUUCGCCCAUGAACGCGACGCAAAACGUGCGUAAAGUGUAUUGUUUCUUUAAUAUUUUAGGGUUCAGGUAAUGGUGGGACACCAACUUCAUAAAUGAAUGUGGUUGUUCGUACACGUACUUCUACACUUACACUACAGCACGAGCUCCAUGCAAUUGCUGCAGAAUUCUGACCCCGAUCCACCAGCUUACCUUACGUCGAAGUUAUCUUCCGAAAGCUGAGCCGUUACCACAACGCAAAGCUCUCGCAACAGCAACAAACGAGUUCAUAUCAUCACUCGCGUUUGCUUGAACACGAACCACGCGAAUCUACGCCAGAAUCUUGAAAUCCGUGCAGGAACAUAUCUUAGCCGAUCAGAUGGCUCUAAAUGUUGGCGUGCAUGAGUUUACAUGCACGCCGGUUACAUGCGCUGCAGGAUGUAGUAAGCGUCUUUAAAAAUCCGAAACUUUGCGCCAAGGCGGACGGUUGCAACCCAGUAUUGUUGGAACGCUGCUAGAAGUUAAGCGUGAGGAAAUUGAUGAUUGAUUGAUAUGUCGGUUUUAACGUCCCAAAACCACCAGAAGCGUAACGAAAGGAUGGAGUUGUAACCGCAGACGAUGGUGAUGCCAAAGUAAGCUUACCAGUCAAAUCUUCAUUGUCAUGCAAGCGAGAGUGACUUCACGGCGACAAUGUAGCGUUGCCUAUUUUGUGUGGGUAGAUUUAAGCGUAAAAAAAAACGAAAAUGAACAACACUAACUAAACAAACGUAGCACUCAUACCGAAAGCAAACUGCUGCUGCUAUCGUAUACUCGUGGAAACAUCAACUCAAAUUGUCUUUGUUUUUUGUAUAUACGUAUACAUGCCAGUGUACAUACACGUGUACAAAGCUUAGAAAAUUGUGGCGCGGGUUUGAUUAUUGUGAUGCAAAUGGGGCCUUCUCUUUAAAGGCAAGCAAAGACAUUUUGCAUUUGUUGUCGUUGUUCUGUUCGUAGUAAUCGAUCGAAAUGCAGCGACCUUGAAAAGUGGGUUUCGUGAACAUUUUUUAGCGAAAAGUACACGAAGUUCUGUGAACGGUGUUAUUGUUUUGACAUUGCUGACAGUAGUGUGGAUCAGUGUGUGCAAUACCUAAAGCAACAAAAACGUAGCUAAAGUUGUAUAAAAGUGUUUGUUCAAUGCAAUGAAGUGGGAAAAAGUUGAAAAGGGCACGUGGCUAUGAUUAAGUUUCUUCUAUUGUGUCCCUUAAGCGGCGUAGCAACCAGGCAAAUAUUACGUUGCCGAUGUGUUCACUCACUGGUAACGCAGGGGAAUCCAGCAUAAUGUUCACAGCCAGCAGGAUAUUAUCUCCAAUAGUGCGUAUCGGUCGCAAUCAUUCAAAUAUGUUUCUCUGUUGCCGGAUACAUUGCGCGAGAGAAAAAGGCACGAUAAAGUCAUUCGCACCUCGCAUUAUUGCUUAAAAGUAUUUUAAUAAACACACAAUGCCAUGCACUAAAGCAAAUUGCCUCAAUUAGCUGAAGGUUUUAUUAUAAAGUUUUUCUUUGAAAGGAAGUUACCAGUUUAGUGCAAGAUGAUAUUGAACUAAUCAAAACGCACAAUAUUUAUCGAGAUGCUAAGGAAUACUUCAUUGCAGUGUUUUUUAGUGGCAUUCGUCAGACUGAAUCAUUGCUCUGUUGCGCUCUUAAGACUUGCAAGAAGCGAGAAUUUAAGGACGGCGCCUCAUUGUUAUGUGUCCGAUAGAAGCGAUUUCGUGUCGCAGUCAAUAAAUCAAAUUGCUUGCCUUGAUGUUACAUGGGACACGUUUUUGUGUUACAGUGUAUUUUACGUCCAAUAUAAGCUCUAUGGACGACGCGUCUAUGUGGUUACUCAUCAGGGGCCGAACUCUCAAACACCCCUUCGUGAGUAUUUUGUUCCUCCGGCUGGCCGGCUUCUUUAGUGAUUAUGUCCGGCACAAAAAUUGGCUGAAAUGUUUUCUUACGAACGUUGUGGGGUGUAAAAUGUUUUACUCUAAUGCGGCCCUGGUUUUUCUGAAAAUGUUGUCACGAUGAUUUCCCCAAACAAAAGCUACAUGCCUCUUUGUUUCCUUUGCCUUUCGCCAAGGUCUACAUUCAAGCCCAAUGAAGGAAUGGAAGUUCAGUAAUGAAGACUUUUCACUUGCUUUGUGAAUGAGAGGUGUUCUUGCGGCUGCGUUUUAUUGUGAAUGAUGCUAUCCUUUUUUGCUUUUUUUAUAGAAGCCUUAAAGAAGUAUAAAUGUAGUUCGCCAACUGCAGUGGUGUAACGUAUACGCUCGUUCUACUCUUUUGUUUUCUUGCCACUGAUUUUUUCUUCUGUUUGCGAGCUUAUUCAGUCGAGGAAAAAAAAUGCUUUCUUCUCGUAUGUGUUGUUGCUCGAAGAAAAACGAAAUGAAACAGUGCACUGAAGGUUGUAUACUAGGUAUACGAGUGUUUCUUAUUAAACCUGUACAUAAACCUUA